AUGUCGGUGAAUAAGAAGUGCAUGACUUCACCUGGAGGAAACACCAGCAGGCUAUCGAUCUUGAAACGAAAAAUAAGAUCAGAAAUGACUAUGAAGCUGGUUGAUUUGAAGGCUUAUGCAUUUUUAAAAUACAGUAAUUUGUCCAUGUACGGUGACACUAAAACCUCUUUCCCCACUCAGAAUGGCACUGCAACCCAGGAUGUUACAGUGUCUGCUGGUGCUCAUAACAAGAUAGGAUGGGCAUUUGGAUUGGGACUGGAGCGACUUUCAAUGAUCUUGUAUAACAUCCCAGAUAUCCGGCUCUUUUGGAGUGAGGAUGAGCGUUUCCUGAAGCAAUUCGAUAUUCCACAUAUUGACCAAAAAGUCCUCUUUCAGCCACUGAGCAAGUACCCACCACUGGUCAAUGACAUCUCUUUUUGGUUGCCACGUAAAGGAUUCUCCGAAAAUGACUUUUUGGAUUUAGUACGCACAGUUGGAGGAGACUUGGUGGAAAAGGUGUCUCUCAUUGACUGUUUUACCCAUCCAAAGACAAAAGAAGUCAGCAACUGCUAUCGUAUCACUUACCGUCACCCAGAGAGAACCUUAACCCAAGAAGAAGUGCGAAUUGUCCACAAAGCAAUUGAAAAUGGAGCUGAACAAGAACUUGGAGUUAAGGGAAGAUUUUGAAGCUAAGCAUGCAGUGCCAGUGAGAGAUGUUUGCCAUUCUCAAGUUUAUUCUGACAUUUUGCAGAUCCAGUGCUUUGACCUCUAAUAAAAUCUUUACUUUUGAU